UCACCGCAAAUAGAAGCGUUCAUCGCCAAAAAAUCGUUCGUUUAGGUCCGUCCCGGCUGGUUGGCGACGAUGGCGCAGACGUAUCAGUCGACGAUGGCGACGCUUCUAGCGAAGAAAGACGCUCAGGCGCUACUAGAGCAGGUGUGCACGCGGCACGGACGCUGCGGUGACCGCUUCUCUAGGUCACUAUGCUGACCAUGUGCUGACCACCUUCCCGUGUCUCAUGCCGAGUCCGAAGUCCCGUCGGCUGAACCAGAGAACUGAUCAGCUGCCGAUGCUGCCGAGACAAGCCAUGUCAAACGCGGCCCGUCGUAGAAUUCUCUUCAUUCUGUUAGCCGGUGCUCUCUGUCUGCUCAUGCUCUAUUUCGGCGUGUUCACUCACCUGUACGAAGUGGACUACGCACAGUUCCACUACCCGCUGGACGUAGACCUGCGCAGCGUCGUCGCCGAGAUGCGAGAGCAUCACCGAUGGAAGCAGCGGCCGCCGAUCAACCCGCACGACUACCGCGUGCGAAUAUCGAACAGCGACGCGUGCCGCAACAACUCCCUCCGCCUGCUCAUCCUCGUCAAGUCGGCGCUCGACAACGCCGAGCGGCGCGCGGCAAUCCGGCGAACGUGGGGUGCGCCGCGAGAGGGCGCCGCCGGCGCGACGCGCGCCGUCUUCCUGCUCGGCGAGCGGCCGGGCGACGACGCGCUGCAGCGACGCAUCGCGGCCGAGAGCGCCGCGCACGGCGACGUCGUGCAGGAGGAGUUCGUCGACGCCUACUACAACAACACGCUGAAGACGGUCGCCGGGCUGCGCUGGGUCGCCGAGCACUGCGCCCGCACGCGCUACAUCAUGUUCGCAGACGACGACAUGUACGUGUCGCCGCGCAACGCGCUGCGUCGGCUCGCGGCGCACGACGACGGCGACGGCGGCACCCUCUUCGUCGGCUACCGCUUCUUCUCGGCGCCGAUGCGGCACCACAGCAGCCGGUGGUACGUGUCCCUCGACGAGUAUGCGUUCUCAAUGUACCCGCCGUACCUGACAGCUGGUGCGUUCCUGCUGUCGCGCGCCACCGCCGUCGACAUGUACCACGGCGCCCUCUACACGAAGCACUUCCGCUUCGACGACAUCUUCCUCGGCAUCGUCGCGAAGAAGCUGGGCGUCGAGCCGACGCACGACGCGAACAUCUACUUCUACAAGAAGCGGUACUCGCGCGACGGCUACCGCGACGUUAUCGCGUCGCACGGCUAUGACGAUCCCGACGAGCUGCUUGCCGUAUGGCGCGAUCAGAACGCCGCCGCGUGACGCAUGACAAACAAGCGACCAUUCGUGGUCGCCAGCAUCUGCGCGGUCGAAUGUUUGUGGACGGAACGGCCUGGAGGGAACGUCCACCCAUCUAUUAAGAACACUGCUCAAGUUUUCCUUGAGUGAAAGUUCUUGAACUCGUUAAAGACAUUGUAAAGUGAAGAGUACAGGGAUGAGAUUGGAAAAUUUAAUUUUCAGCUGAAAUUUUAAUUAGCAAACAGAGGAGCGAGCAA